UUUGAGAAUUAAGACAAACGCGCUAAGCGCUAGAAUAGGCAGGGGAAGGCACCAAGUUCCCCCAUCUGCUUUUACAUAUUUUCUCCAGGCCAGGGUCCAACAAUUUACUUGAUUUAGGAAAAAAUGGCAGGAGACGAUGAACAAAGACUCAAGAUUCGCCCUUGUCUUAAAUCUCAAAGUUCCUUCAAUAAUUAUCCCAAAUGGAAACACAAGCUCAGAGAAAAUUGUUACAGAAGGGUCCGAGAAGAUCGAAGCCGCCUUCUUUGGAAAUUAAGGUUCGCCAACGACCAACAACACAAGAAUCUGAUCAAGUCAUCUCUAGAGGUCAUAGUUUCUGAUGAAAUACAGAAAUUUAAGAACUCAUAUCACAGUGCGAGUCUUGAUAAUUCAAAAUUCUCCCCAGCACCUGAUGAUACUAUAUGGGAAUAUGAUGGUCUUGAUGAAGCUUAUCAAGGUGAUUGUGAGGAAAUGUUGCUCGAAAUGCAGAGGAUUUUUUAUGAAGAUCUCAGGGUGGAAGAAACAAAAGAACAAGGUUCUACUGGAACUUGGGAAGAUGAAGAAGACGAGUAUUUGGCUUGUGCAGUAUUCGAGCACAUGACCCUCAACGAGAAGGGUGGCAAAGAGGUUUGGUGUCCCAUCUGCAAGCAAGGGGAGUUGAAAGAGAACUGUCAUCUUAUCUAUUGCACUCUUUGUGGACUUAGGCUCAACAGAGAUGAUGAGAUCAAUCUAGAGGUAUUACGAAAUAGAUUGGCUGAAGCUCAUUCAGACCAUCUUGAUAAAGGAUGCAGGUUAAAGCCUAAAUUUUGUGUUGAAACUAGAUUUACUCUGAAUGCACUGUACGUUACCUGUCAGGGAUGUGGCAUGUUUGAGGUUGUAAUAUAGGCAGUUUCUUCUUAAGCUAUGUUCUCUUCCUUCUUGGUGUUCUUCCGUUGAUUGUAAUGGUUGAUGUUUGGAAGGGAUAAAGCCCGUAAUUAAGGAGAGAAUAUGUAUGUAUAUAUAUUGGAGAAAAGAAUUACGGCGAAAUAAAAAUGGACCAUUAUUAAAAGCAGAAAUGCUAAAGACAACCAGUUCAGUUAUA